AAUUGAGCCAUCCUGCACCUCUAUCAUGAUCUCGUUUUCCUACAAACACGUUCCACCCUGCGCGUCACUGCCACAGUGCCUCUUCUAUGCAGCGCAAUCUCGCUCGCAUCUCAUCUGCCUCGGCAGCUACCCCGAAAGCCAAAUCCAUCACUGAGACUGCGCUGCGGGUCACCACCGCGCAUUCGUCAUGCGAUUCCGAACUACAGAGCGUAGUCGUUACGUGCGCAGCAGCAGCAGCGCUUUCGGCCUCUAUAUUACCGAUCUGCGCGCUCACCAUCACAGAGGAUGAGAGUGUAUGCUCCCGUACGCAGUUGCGCAAGCCUGUAUGUGCGGUCAGAUCGUCGCGUCAGCUGGAUAUAUCCAGGAACGCUCUGACAACGUCGGUGAAGAUCUCAUGUGAGAUGAGAUGCGGAAUGCGGGUGAUUUAACAUUAGAUCAUGAUGGAAUAUGGGCUUAUAGACAGGCCCACUAUUCCUCACUUCACAAUUCACAGUCCGAUCCUUCUACUCAGACAUGUCUACUGCAGCAUCUGAAGCAAUCGCUCUACUGGAAGAAAGUUUUCCGAUAAACUAUACCAUUAUAGCCGGUGC